ACUAUUUUAGGCUCGUGGAACACUCAUCGACCCGCGUCCCGGAGUCUGUCGUCUAUAGCCAUUUCCAGGCCGUGACGAGGGUGUGCCAAGAUGGUGUGGGGUUUUGUCACCUGUGGCCCGAACGAGGCGCUGGUCAUCUCAGGCUGCUGCCACAAAAAGCCACUCUUGGUGCCCGGCGGCCGAGCCUUCGUCUGGCCAACCAUCCAGGAAGUCAAGAGGAUCUCCCUCAACGUUAUGACCCUGAAUGUGGAGUCUCCGCGCGUGUACACGGCCCAAGGGGUUCCCAUCUCCGUCACUGGCAUCGCUCAGGUCAAGGUUCAGGGUCAGUAUGAGGAGAUGCUUCUGGCCGCCUGCGAACAGUUCCUCGGCAAAUCCGAACAUGAGGUCCAACAGGUCGCUCUUGAGACUCUUGAGGGUCACCAGCGGGCCAUCAUGGGGUCCAUGUCUGUGGAGGAAAUCUACAAGGACCGGAAGAAGUUCAACCAGAAUGUGUUUGAAGUAGCGUCCAGCGACCUCAUCAACAUGGGAAUCACUGUCCUCUCCUACACUCUGAAGGACAUACACGACGAUGAGGGCUACCUCGACGCACUUGGCAUGGCUCGCACGGCGGAGGUCAAGCGCGACGCCCGUAUCGGGGAGGCGGAAGCUACCAAGGAUUCUCAGAUCAAGGAGGCGAUCGCAGAGGAAGAGCGGAUGGCUGCCAAGUAUGUUAACGACACGGAGAUCGCAAAGGCCCAGCGCGAUUUUGAGUUGAAGAAAGCGACUUAUGACAUGGAGGUCCAGGCUAAGAAAGCUGAAGCCGAACUUGCCUACGACUUACAGGCUGCGAAGACUCGACAGAAGAUCAAAGAGGAGCAGAUGCAAAUUAAGGUUGUGGAGCGAGCCCAGGAAAUCUUGAUCCAGGAGCAGGAGAUUCAGCGUCGUCAGAAGGAGCUGGAGGCAACCAUCAAGCAGCCGGCAGACUCCGAGAAAUUCAUGCUGGAGAAACUGGCGGAGGCGUCCCGGAACAGAGCCGUUCUGGAGGCGGAGGCGGAGGCGGAGAGCAUCCGUGUGAAGGGCGAGGCGGAGGCCCUGGCGGUGGAGGCCAAGGCGAAGGCCGAAGCCACCAUCAUGAUCCAGAAGGCGGCCGCCCAGAUGGAGUACAAGGAGGCCGCCAUGCUGGAGAUGUACCUUCAGACGCUGCCCAAGGUCGCAGCCGAGGUCGCUGCUCCACUGUCCCAAGCCAAGAAGGUCACCAUGGUUAGCAGCGGAAACAGCGAGAUCGGGGCAGCCAAACUGACCUCUGAGGUGAUGGAUAUUAUAACCCGUGUGCCCAUCAUGGUGAAGACUCUCACCGGCGUGGAUGUGACCAAGACCAUCCGUGCCGUGUAAGAAGAAGAAGAAGAAGAAGAAGAAGAAGAAGAAGAAGAAGAAGAAGAAGAAGAAUUGGAAUGAAGAAGAUCGAAGAAGAGAGAGAGAGAGAGAGAGAGAGAGAGAGAGAGAGAGAGAGAGAGAGAGAGAGAGAGAGAGAGAGAGAGAGAGAGAGAGAGAGAGAGAGAGAGAGAGAGAGAGAGAUAGAGAGAGAGAGAAAAAGAAGAAGAAGAAGAAGAUUAUUAUUAUUAUUUCCUCCUCCUCCUCCUCCUCUUCCUCUUCCUACCAUUUUUUUUAUUUUUUUUUUAUUAUUAUUAUUAUUAUCAUGUGCGCCAAGCUUCAUGUGUGUGUGUACGUAAAUUCCGUGUGCGCGCCAGGAUGCUGUGGGGAGCGAGCGAGCGAGGGCGACAUGUGUACGCGUCCAUGUGCGUCUUUAUGGUGGUUGGCUUCUGUGUGCGUAUUUUUGAGGCCUUAACUAAAAUGCUUCCUGCCUCCUCCUCCUCCUCCUCCUCCUCCUCCUCCUCCUCUCCUUUCUCUUCCUUUCUUCCUGUCCUUAGACUUUCUCUCUCUUCCUUCCUCCUCCUCCUCCUCCUCCUCUUCUUCUUUCUCUUCCUUUCUUCCUUUCCUCAGAUUUUCUCUCUCUUCCUUCCUUCUUCCUCCUGCUCCUCCUCCUCCUCCUCCUCCUCCUCCUCUUAGUGUAGUUCUUCUAUAUCUCUCUAAGUCAAGAUUUUAGCAUUAAGCAACCUAUGUACACACACACACACACACACACACACACACACACACACACACACACACACACACACACACAUAUUUCUCUCUUUAAUUAUUUUUUCUAUACAUUUUUUUUCCUUCCUUCCUUCCUUUCUUUCUUCUACAAUUCCUUCCUUUGUUCCACCUGAUCCACUGUUCCGUCAAGUCCACAUCGUCACAAAUCUUAUCACUGCCAAAACAUUCAAUUUCCCCGCCUCGCUGUGUUUAUACUUCCAUGCCGGGCGGUUUUGUUUAUCUCAUUUAUAGUUUAUAGUGACCUCUGUUUGCUAGAGAUAGGGUGACCUCUCAGUGCCAUUGAUAUCCCUGUAUUGUACUUGAUCAUCUCUGGUUCCUGUUGUGUUGUGUUGUGGCCGAGGUUCACCCAAGGACCAUGGUUUCGGAACACUCUCAGAGGAUUUCGUAGAGUUUAUAUUCGUUAGGAGUUUCUGCUCAUAAGACUUGUGGAUUUCUCUCAAAGUUUAUAUUCGUAAGGAGUUUCUGCUCAUAAGACUUGUGGAUUUCUCUCAAAGUUUAUAUUCGUAAGGAGUUUCUGCUCAUAAGACUUGUGGAUUUCUCUCAAAGUUUAUAUUCGUUAGGAGUUUCUGCUCAUAAGACUUGUGGAUUUCUCUCAAAGUUUAUAUUCGUUAGGAGUUUCUGCUCAUAAGACUUGUGGACUUCUCUCAAAGUUUAUAUUCGUUAGGAGUUUCUGCUCAUAAGACUUGUGGAUUUCUCUCAAAGUUUAUAUUCGUUAGGAGUUUCUGCUCAUAAGACUUGUGGAUUUCUCUCAAAGUUUAUAUUUGUAGGGAGUUUCUGCUCAUAAGACUUGUGGAUUUCUCUCAAAGUUUAUAUUCGUUAGGAGUUUGUGCUCAUAAGACUUGUGGAUUUCUCUCAAAGUUUAUAUUUGUAGGGAGUUUCUGCUCAUAAGACUUGUGGAUUUCUCUCAAAGUUUAUAUUCGUUAGGAGUUUGUGCUCAUAAGACUUGUGGAUUUCUCUCAAAGUUUAUAUUCGUUAGGAGUUUCUGCUCAUAAGACUUGUGGAUUUCUCUCAAAGUUUAUAUUCGUAAGGAGUUUGUGCUCAUAAGACUUGUGGAUUUCUCUCAAAGUUUAUAUUCGCUAGGAGUUUCUGCUCUCGAGACUUGUGGAUUUCUCUCACUUUAUAUUCGCUAGGAGUUUCUGCUCAUAAGACUUGUGGAUUUCUCUCAAAGUUCUGUGUGAAGUCUCUUAAGUUUAUAUUCGCUAGGAGUUUCUGCUCAUAAGACUUGUGGAUUUCUCAUAAAGUUCUGAGUCAAGUCUCGUAAAGUAUAUAUUCACAGGACCAAGGACUCAGAACACGGUCACCAGGUCUCAUAAAGUUUAUCCUCAGAGAAAGUUUCUGUCCACCUGUAAAGCUCUGUACUAAGUUGUUUUGUAAGUCAUGUUAGUCGUAAAGUUUUCUAGAUGUUACUUUAAAUACAGCUGUACCUUAACAUCCACAAACUCAACAUUCACGAUAGCCGCAGGGAAGGGCGGGGAUGUUAAAAUCUUAGACGAUGUUCGGGUACCUGCAAGCUGUAUUCGGUAAACAUUCACAAGUGCAAUGUUGAAUUCCCCGCACCAGCCUCAAGCAUAGGCCUACAGGUGUUAGGGUACAGCCUUGUCAAGACAGGGAAAUAUCUCAACAGUUAUUUCUGGCCCAAGACUUUCUUAACACAUACUUGAGUAGACUUGGUAGAUUCUCUCGUUAGUUGUUCCUGUAAAGUUUUCUGCGCAUGACUUAAGGAAAUUCUGUUGAGGUUAUUUCUGAAUAGUUUGGAGUUUGAAAUUAUAAACGUAUGUAUGUUUUUGUGUUAGAUCUUAUUAUGUUAACGACUGGACGCAGACUCGAGACAAUCUUAACCUGUUUUCCGUCGGAGUAUUUUCUCGGACGCCUUCAGUAUUACGCUUAAGUUGUUUAAGUUCUGCUAAGUUGUGUUCUGCCAGUUCACAGUGUUAAGUUAGUUAGCUAUUAUUACUAUUAUUAUUACUAUUAUUAUUGUUAUUUUUAUUAUCAUUAUUAUCUUAUGGUCGUGGUUUAAUAUCGAAAGCAAAACGAACACACACACACACACACGCGCACACACACACACACGCACACACACACACACAAAAUGAAGAAAAAAACAAGAAAUCAGAGAAAGAAAGAAAGAAAGGAAGAAAAAUAAAGAAAAUAAGAACCAAUUGUGUGUGUGUGUGUGUGUGUGUGCGUAUGACCAAACCUCACACACACACACACACACACACACACACACACACACACACACACACACACACACACGUACACACAGGCAAUUUCUCUAUAGCCAUAUAUUUUGUACUUCAUGUGCGUCUUUUCUGUGUACGCAUCCAAGAAUUUCAUGUGCGUUUUUUAUGUGUGUGCGUAUGUGUGUGUGUGUGUGUGUGUGUGUGUGUGAGAUUUUGUUUGUUCGUUUGUUUGUUUGUUACGCAAGCAGACACCGUGUAUGUUAGCAAUAGAAAACUCUCUCUCUCUCUCUCUCUCUCUCUCUCUCUCUCUCUCUCUCUCUCUCUCUCUCUCUCUCUCUCUCUCUCUCUCUCUCUCUCUCUCUCUCUCUCUCUCUCUCUCUCUCUCUCUCUCUCUCUCUCUCUCUCUCUCUCUCUCUCUCUCUCUCUCUCUCUUGCUCUCGCUCUAAAAAGUUCUUUCAUUUCUUAUUUUCUUUCUUCUUCCUUCCCUCCUCCUCCUCCUCCUCCUCCUCCUCCUCCUCUUCUUCCUCCUCCUUCACUCCUUAAAAUCUUCUGUAAGGUUUAAGAGUAACACACACACACACACACAUACACAAGCGCGCACACACACACACGUACACAAGCGCGCACACACACACACACACACGCACACAUGGGCUAGUUUUCAAGUGCACAGAGACCAAUUUAAGUGCACAUGACCUCCUCCCUCAAACACACACACACACGCACACAGAUGUUGUUGUUUUAAGCUAAUGUCUGAGAGAGUGUGUGUGCGUUUGUGUGUGUGUGUGUGUGUGUGUGUGUGUGUGUGUGGAAAUAGUUUAAUAUCUAUGUAUGUAAAGAGAAUCUAUUAUUAUUAUUAUUAUUAUUAUUAUUAUUAUUAUUAUUGAAAGAAACAAAGAGAGAGAGAGAGAGAGAGAGAGAGAGAGAGAGAGAGAGAGAGAGAGAGAGAGAUUUGGAAGUAUAUAGAUAAAGAAAAUCUAAUCCUUUUUUUUUUACGGAAAGAAAGAUAGAGAGAGAGAGAGAGAGAGAGAGAGAGAGAGAGAGAGAGAGAGAGAAUUAGAAGAGAAAUUAUUUGAAAGAAAAACACAAUUGAUUUUUUUUCAAUAAACAGAAAAUAAUAAUAAUAAUAAUAAUAAUAAUAAUAAUAAUAAUAAUAAUAAAAAUGACAAGAAAAAAAAGAACAGAUUAAACUUUUUGAUAAACUCACAAAAAAAUAAAAAUAAUAAUAAUAAUAAAAUGUUUUACGCAAGAAUGAAUUUUAUGCAUUUAUAUAAGCCUACAAAAAUACUAUGUCCACUAGGCCUACUACUACUACUACUUCUACUACUAUUACUAUUACUAUUAAAAUGAAUUGUAUGAUUAUAA